AUGGCGCAGCAUCAAGCUUCUGGUAUGAUUCAUGGCUGUCUACAGGUCCUAUUAUCAAACUCAUCGGUGAAAGCGGCCCACACCAUCUCAGAGUUCCACCUAACGCCUCUGUAUCGGAAUCUGAGCACUAUAGAGGAUGAGUAUGUUUGGGUAGCAAAUGGGAUCGAGUCAAGAGAGUUCAAUUCUGCAAGGACUUGGGAUAUCAUCAGACCGAGAGCCACUAAGAAAGAUUGGUCAUCUACGGUUUGGUUUAAGGGUUGCGUGCCAAAGCAAGCUUUCAACCUAUGGACUGCACAGCUGGAUAGAUUGCCAACACGAACAAGACUUGCUAGCUGGGGUGUAACACAGCAGACUUCGUGUCCAGUCUGCCUGUUUGGGGAGGAAACAAGGGAUCAUAUACUGCUAUACUGCGGUUAUGCGGCAGAACUGUGGAGAUGCGUGAUGGCCAGACUGAAACAAAUUCACACAGGCUUCACUGAAUGGGCUGAGCUACUUUCUUGGAUAAGAAGCGACACCACAUCAGCUCCUUCUCUCUUGAGGAAGGUUGCCACUCACUCUACGAUCUACAACAUUUGGAGGCAACGGAACAACCAGCUACACAAUCAGAUCCUCAUCCCAGCGAGUACCGUCUUCAGGCUGAUCGACAGAGACAUCCGCAACAUCCUCUUAGGAAGAAGAUCAAAAAAGAACUUCAGGCCACUCUUGGCAAAAUGGCUGAUGUAA